GGCAGCACGCAUGAUACUUAGUCUGCAUACAUCGAGGAAAAUGAGUAGGAAAAUUGGUAUGUGCGGAAAGAAAAUCCAGGAAAAGACGUGCAGUAGUUCCUGGGAUAAACAUCUCCUGGAUGGAAUUUAUGAAAGGGGUUGUUAUGAGGUGUAACAGACCAAACAAAUUAAUUAUUUUUUACGCAUAGACUAACUUUUUUUCUCUCGUGAAAGUGUUGCUGGUUUUACGCACAGACCUAUCUGCGGGUUUACGCAUAGACAUCGACUUGCCGCGAAGCCUACAGCCACAUCACACAAUUCCACAGCUUGGUAUAAAUAUGGCUAGCACAAGUUCUUUUUGGUUACUGCACAUAUGUCUUUUCAUGCAUGUAUCAAUUUCAUUUUGGUCGCCAUCAUCCGCGCUACGGGAUGAGGACACAACGGCGUCCCAUAGUCUGCUACAAACGUUCAAACAAAUUUUGUCAGACUUGUCCGUGGACGUUCACGGUUACAUCGUGUCAGUAGUUGGAAAACAAGCCGUGGACACUUCACUCCAGUGUAUCAGAGGCGUGGUCAAGUCAUUGUCGGAGGGUGCUGCCAACGUUUUGAAUGUGGCAUUCCAGUAUACCUCAGAGCUGUUGGAUGCUGCUGGGAUUCAAGCUCGCCUACCCUUCGACAAAGUCACUCCAGAGGGCGUGCUGUUUGUAACCCAGUGGGCUCUCCUGGCUUUGAUUGGCUACUGGCUGCUGUCUUUGCUCUUUCGAUUGGUGGCUGGACUGGUGAGGAGUAUCCUCUGGCUCAUAAAGCUGGGUGGAGCCCUGGCGCUGUUCGGGCUGAUCCUGAGCGACAGGGACGCUGCCCUGGAGACCACAGUAAUUAGGCUGGCAUGCCUGGUGCUCGCCUGCGUGGUGCUUGGGGUGGGGCCGUCCGUGGGCACCGACACCGACACCAACGGCCACCUGGAGGAGAAGGUGAGGAAGCUGGAGAGGCAGCUCAGAAACAUGGAGCGCAAGAGGAAAGAAGAGUGAGCCCCACACAGCACAGCACAGCAAGAAGUGGGGCGCAGGUAGUGGGAGAAACAGAGGGAUGAAGCGAGGGAGUCCCUUUGUAAUAGUAGACUGGUGAACUGGCAUCCAGUGCCCUUGAUAAAAGGACAAUCACACAUUUUUGGGAGCAUGGUUUUUUUAUACUUUUCCUAAUAAAAAGUUUUCAUCACUUGAA